AUGAAUUUUUUAAAUAAGAGCAAUGUUAGUAUACUCGAUCUACCAGAUGAAAUGCUACGUGCUAUUAUCAAUAAACUAAAUAUGAUCGAUGUACAAUAUUCAUUAGUAGAUGUUAAUCUAAGAUUUGACCGAUUAGUCUUUGAUUCUUUAUAUAUUCAUAAUCUCGAUUUUGAGAUGAAACGAGAUUAUAUUCAUAAUCAGCCAAAAGGUACCUAUUUUCUCGAUAGAAUUUGUAACAAAGUUUUACCUCGAAUUAAUACAAAAAUACUUAAACUCACUCUGGAACCACUUUCUAUGGAACGUGUGAUUGGUGCCGUUGAUUAUCCAAACUUAUAUUCAUUAUCAUUGGUUAAUUAUCAUCAACCAGAAACGCUAUUAGAACAUUUAACAAGUACAGUUAUAAACUUAAUUUCAUUCUAUGAAUCACUAACAUUUUUUAUUUCCAUUUCAGAUGAUGUCAUGUCACGUCUUCUUACAAAUCAAAUAACACACAUUAAAGUCGAAAUUUCUGAAAGAAAACAAACAAUUUGUAUCAUUAAAUCAAGUAUAUUUUUCUCCAUAAAAAAACUAGUCAAAUUGAAAUAUUUUUCAUUAAAAACAAAUUGGUAUACAUAUGGUUAUGAUACACAAGUUGUUCCCUUACUUAAUCGAAUGUUAAAUCUUGAAGAACUAACGUUAUAUAUAUCAGUAGUAAGAACUGAAUCAACUUAUAUUGAUGGUAAUCAAUUAUAUGAUGAAGUUCUUAAUAAUAUGUCACAAUUAAAAAAAUUUAUCUUCAAUAUACAUACUCAUAUUAUCAAUUAUCGUAAUGAAAUUAAUCCUGUAUCAACUGAUGUCAUUCAGAAUAGUUUCAUAAGAAGAGAAAUUCAAUCAUUUGGAAUAUUUGCCGAUAAUAAACUUAUCAAUAAUAGAGGCAAUUGUAAUGUUUAUUCUCUUCCAUAUCAAUUCGAUGAUUUCUUAUUUAUGACUAGCUGUUUUCAAGGUGGAAAAUUUGAUAAAGUUCGAUUAUUAAUAAUGCGUGAUAGACGUCCAUUUGAACAUAAAUUAUUUCAAAUAGUCUCCCGAG